AUGCCAAGCAAAGAAAAAGGAGAAGACAGACGUGACAUGUCAAGCGUACAAGCAGUGCUUCCAAAAGCAGCAGAAGCACAAGAAGCAAAACUGGUGGUAGCCGAAAGAGACGCCAUUCUCAAUCCAAGCCAAGAAGUCAAGGCCCUACCGAAGAUGUUGUAUGCGAUCCUAGUAAGUCCAGCCACAAAGAUGAUCCUAAACGUUCCGAUUGUUGCAAAGAUGGAAGUGGACGUUCCGAUGAUAAAACCAAAGCAAAGGUUCCAUGCGCUGAAGAGGAUGCUGCAAGCGGUGCUGUGA